AUGACACAAGAUUAUUAUAAAUAAAAGAUAGAAUAAUUGACAGAAACUUUAUUAGAUCAAUUUGAAGUAAAAUUGUUUAUUAAUAUAUUGAAUAGUCUUCAUUCAAUAAAUUCGAAAAUUAUCUAGAUUCACUUAUUAAUUCAACUGAUUCAAUAAAUUCUAAUUAUCAACAGAUUGCAUUUCCAUCUGUUAAUGUACCUUAAACUAAUUUUGAGAAUUUAAAUUUUGCUCAAUAAUUAUUUAGAGAAAUUUAACCGUUAAUAAAACAAAAUGUCAACAAUUAAGUUAAGCAUAAAAAGAAACCUAUUUAUUAAGAAUAAAAUUUAUAAAUGUUAGGAGUUAAAUAAAAUAUGACAUUAGAAUUUUAAAAAUUAAAGAUUGAAAAAAUUCAAAAUUAAAUGGAAUAAAAAGUAUCAGAUAAAGAUGUUUUAUUACAAUAAUCAAACAAAAAUAAGUCAUUACUUUAUAAUUAAUCAAAUAGUGAAUUAUUUGAAACGAUUUAAACUAAUAAUCAAUCAAAUUUUUAAUCAUUCACUUAUUAACUAGUCUCAAAAUAUUCAAUUUCAUAAAAUGAAUGUUGUAGAGCAAUAGCUAUAAAUAAAGACUGUUCAAUAGUAUUGGCUGGAUGUGGUAAAGAAAUUAAAGUAUUUGAAUUCAAGUAAGGAUUUAUGAAAUAAAUAUAAAUUUUAAGUGAACAUAAUAAUGAUGUACAUACUUUAAACUUUAUGAAGAAAUCAAAUUAGUUUAUAUCUGGGAGUUAUUAAUCUAUUAUUAUAUGGUAAUAUAAUUAAAAUAAUUUAUGGGUUACCUAAUAGAUAUUAAAUGGACAUAAUAGUUGGAUAUAUUGUUUAAUAUUAAAUAAUAAUGAAGAUUUGAUUAUAUCAGGAGGAUCAGAUAACACAAUUAAAUUUUGGACGAAAAAAAAUGAAUGGACUUGUUAGUAAACAGUUAAAGAUCAUUUUAAUUCUGUAUUUGGAUUAAGUUUAAAUUAAUAGUAAAAUAAAGUGGUAUCUUGUGGAAAUGAUAAAUAAAUAUUAAUAAUUGAACAAUAAAGAUAGAAUAAAGAAUGGAUUGUUAUAUAAAAGAUUACAGUUGAAUUAUCAACAUUACGAGUACGCUUUAUUGAAAAUGAUAUGUUUAUAUUAUCAUAAUGUGGAUAAGAUUAGAUAUCUAUUUUUGAGAUGAAUAGUAUCAAUAAAUAGUUUACAAAGACUAAAGAUAUAGUUGUAAAAUGUGGAUCAGAUGGUUAUUGUUUAUUUCCUUCAUAAUAUAUAAAUUCAAAAUCUAUACUAUUGAUGAAAAAUGGUGAAUAUGUCAAUUUAAUUAAGAAAAAAUAAAAUGGAUAGUAUUUAACUGAAUAAUCUAUUCAUUUUGGUACAAAUGUUUUAUUUGGAGGAAUAAGCGAUGAUGGAGAGUAUUUGAUAACAUGGGAGAACAAAUCGAAAGAAAUACAACUCAGAAGAUACAACGAAUAAUGA